CUUAACAAACAGCUCUUCCUAGUUCCUACUUCCGAGUUCAGCCUCGACGAUUGCCGCCACCACCGCAGACUGGCAAAAGAAGACGCAGCGCAGGGGGAAAAUGGGGAAGGGAGAUGAACUGUGGGACGAUUCAGCUCUUCUCAACGCUUUCGACGACGCCAUUUCCAAGUACAAGAAGUAUCAUGGCAAGGAAGGCCAGGAAAAGUCAGCUGAUAGUGGAGAUUUUUUAGCUGACAGUGGGGAUUCUGCUCCUGUUGUGGAGGAAGGUCAUGGAGUAUCAAGGGAGGUGGAUGAAACUGGGGAAGGCGCAUCGCAACCUACAGCAGAGCUCAAGGACGGAUUAUGCAUUGCACCAUCGGAUGAAAAUCAUUUUGCGUAUCAACUUGGCGAUGAACAAAACGUAGAUACUGCAAAUGGUCUAAAAGAACCUGCAGUUGGUGAUCAGUCAAAUGUACAAGCGACAGAGGAUUAUAACGAGCUACUAAGCCAGUAUUACGAGCUGGAAGAGAAAAGGCAAAAGGUUCUUGAACAGCUUCAACAACUAGGAGGCUACUAUUACCAAGAUCCUGCUGAAGUUUCUGGUUCUGCUUCCCAGUUAGCUAACUGCUCCACUUUUCAAGACCAUUCAGUCCCAGCGGCGAACCAAACUUAUGCCUCAGUUGCCUGCAUAUGUACCACUUGCUGCCCUAAUGCCAGUCAUUGUCCAGCAGUUUCAUGCUGUGGUGGUAAGUUAGGCACCGAGUCUGCCAUGGUGACUUGUCGUGGAAAGUCUUGUCCUCUUGGGGAGAGUGACAUUGUUAAAACAGCCAUGGAAGCUGCUGAAAGAGCGAUGUCAUCUAUGAAAGGGAAAUCCUCAGACAAUAAUGGUGUCGAAGAUGAAGAAAAACAGGGAAAGGCACAAGGCCCUACCUCCGGAACUGAUCUCUGCAAUGUCUUGAAUGCUUGGUACUCUGCUGGGUUUUUCACCGCAAAGUAUCUCACGGAGCAAUCCGUUGCUAAGAAGUAAAGGGAUUCCUGUUAAAGACUUUCAGCUGGCCUAGUUAGCUUGGAGUAGAAGGAAUACAAGUGAUGGCGUGAUGGGCUGGCGAUGGAGCAAAAAUUAAAUUUACUAGAGGAAAAGAAGUUAGAGAGAAGUUUGUAAACAAUCUUGAAUCAAUUUAUGAAUGUACUGAUCUAUUUUCUCAUUGAACUAUGUACGAAAUUUUGAGAAUACUACUGCUUUUCAUUAAC